AUGGACGUGGGCAACAACAAGUUCCUGGGGAACUUUACGCCGUCGUUUCCCUACGGCGUCGACCUCCCGCUGGGCAUCGAACCCAGGUUCAGCAACGGAUACAACAUGGCCGACUCCAUCUCGAAGCUGUUGGGUUUCAAUAUGAGCCCGCCGGCUUACCUGUCGCUGACGCCGGAGACGAGCGUUGAGAUCCUGAAAGGCUUGGGUGGAGUCAACUACGCUUCCGGUGGAUCCGGCAUUCUCGACAUCACUGGGAAUGCCUCCCUCCCGUUGAGCAAGCAGGUAGAGUACUUCGCGGACACCAAGGCAAACAUGACAGAGGAAAGCGGCGGCAAUAGCACCGAGAUCGAUGCGCUGCUGUCCAGGUCGCUCUUCCUCAUUAGCGACGGCGGCAACGAUAUGUUUGAGUUCGUCUUGAAGGGACGGCCAAUCAUUGAGUUCGAGUCCUUCCACCGGGACCUUCUGUCCAACUACACCAAGUAUGUCCAGACGCUGUAUGGGCUCGGGGCGCGGCGUUUCGGUCUCAUCGACGUGCCGCCUGUCGGCUGCGUGCCGAUGAUGCGGGCGAUAUUCUUCCGGAGUUUCGGUCUUGACGGCUGCUUAUUCCCCGCAAGCGACCUCGCAAGGGGCUUCAACAAAAAGUUGAGCAUCGAGAUGGCGGAGCUCGCCGCGUCGCUGCCCGGGAUGAGGUACUCCGUGGGGAGCUCCUACAAGCUGGUGACCAGCUACACGGCGCACCCGGAGGCCGCCGGGUUCGACGAUGUGAAGAGCGCGUGCUGCGGCAGCGGGAUGUUCGGCAUGGAGACCUCGUGCGUGCCCGAUGUCACCACCUGCCCCAACCACGAUGACCAUCUCUUCUGGGACGCGGUGCACUGCACACAGGCCACCUCCAACAAGGGCGCCAAAGCCAUCUAUGACGCGCCGCUGGAGGACGGAUUCGCCGCACCCAACAAUUUCAAGCAGCUGCUUCUUGAUGAUCAACCCACAAGCGUCAGCCGUUAA